AACUGGCAUCUUACAAUUAUUGUUGUCAAAAUAAAUGCUGAUCAAUUUCGGCCGCAUUUGGGAACGAAUUGUAUAAGUAUUGAAAUGGCUAAUUCUAAGGAUUAUAAAGAUAUUGGAUUAAGUGAGAAAAAUCAAAAUGUAUCUGGUAGUUCUCCUAGUAGUGAUUUUGAUCGUCUUGAAGAUUGCAACGAAGCUGAAUUCCGUGGUGCUACUCUUUCUCUGUCUCAAGAAACUUCUCCUCCUGAAUCUAUUGCAGCCAGUGCCUGUGAUGAUCCCAAUGGCAAUACUGAAAUAGAUGGAACAGCUGGCAAUCGGCGAUCAUCUUCUAUAAGACCACUACAUACCAGCAGCAUUCAAGAUUUUUUUGCUGUUCGAGAAGGUGCACUUCAGAAAGCUGCUGAACAUUGUCGUCCUGUUAUUUUAGAUCAUAUGGAUGGAGAUCUUCGUGGUAUUUGGCUGCUUACAGAAAUUGAUCACUGGGGUGCUGAAAAGGAGAGAUUAAUUUUUCUGACAGAGAACAGUUUGAUAUCAUUAAAGUAUGACUUUAUAACUUUAAAACUUUUGGAUUAUACUCGACAUUCUUUGAAACAGUUUACUCAGAUUAUAAUUGGGGAAUUAAAGUAUCCAGACAAAUCUUUAAUGCCAAAGAUCAAUGGAGCCAUGGAUUUUGUUAAACAAAGAAUUAUACCAAAAUUAAGGCAGGGUCGCAGUUUCCGCCAACCUUCUAACACGAUGCAGCUCUCUGUUGUUGAUAACAAGCCAAGAUCUGCUGUAGCCAGAAAUCAGUUGGGUGUCCAGUGUUCGUGGCAUAGUUCAGAACAAAUUCCAGUUCUGAAACGCUGGAAUCCAUGGAGUCGUGACAUACCAUGGGUGACUUACACUUCUCAUCCUCUCUUCAAAAUGGAUACAAAUGAAAAGAAUAAUUACAACAUAGAGGAUUUCUCCAAGAAAUUAAUGGCUACAGUUUGUGGAGACAACAUGACUGAAAAUUCAGUCACUACGCCUACAAGUGGAUCUUGCAAAGUCUUAUAUCAACCAAUUAUUAUUGAGAGUUAUGCUGGACUUGCUGCAGCCCUCCACAAUGCCAAUGAGCUUGGCUUCUUCAAAUCUCGAGGCAAAGUUAGUUUUUAGAAAAUCCAAUUGAGCUUAAAAUGAGUGAUUGUGCAUCAAAAUUUCUUUGGAAAGCUGAAGGAAUUUCCAGCAUUGAAAUGAAAAAUUACAUACAAUUUUUUUUUAUGCAGUGGAAUUUGUUUAAUUCUAGUUUUUUAAUUGGGUUUCCUCAGUACUUUUGAAUUUAUACCUCAUCCUUUGAUUUUGUUAUUAACAUAUUGUUAAAAUAUCACCUAUAAUUCACAUUAAUUUUUUUCAUUCCUGUUUUUUCCUUUCUUUCUUUUUAUUUAAAUAAGUCUGAUCAUAAAUGAAUGCUUUUCUCCGGCCCUUAAUUUCAUUCAAGAAAAUUCAUUUCUGUAUAAAACAUCCAAUAAAAAUAAUAAAAAGUCAGCAAUGAAAUGUUUCUAUAUUAAAAAAAAAAUAGCAUAGAGCAUGUUGGAUAUGAACCAUACUUUUUAUUUUAAAAUUUAACUGUACAAUUGUUGCAUUCAAAGUACUUUUAUUUAGUAAUUAAAAUUACAUUUUUAAUAAAUUAUGAUUUAAUAUUUUUGUUGAAAUUAAUUUUUUAAUUUGUCACAUAUUUUAUGUACAUUUUUAUUUCCCUAUUUAUGAAAUAUUAACAAAUUUUUAAAAUCAUUUAUUAAAACAUUUUUAUUAUUAAUUAUGUAUUAUUUAUGAAAAAUAAAUCCUUUGCUAUCAUUUUCCCUUUCUGUUGUUAUUUUCAGGCCCAAUUUUACUUAAUGAAAAUAUUUAUUAUCAUUCUGACAACUAUGAAUUAUCAAAUUCCACUCUAGUCAUACAGGAAAAUUUAAUAACAUGCCGUUAUUAACCACUUCUUGCUUGCAUUGUUUUCCAAAUAUGUGUUAUUUUUUGUUUUUUCUGUAUAAUAAAAAAUUAUGUUGCUAAAAUAUAUUUAAGCGAACUAUCAUAUAUAUUUAAAAAAACAGAGCAAAUACAUUUUAAAAAUUAUAAUUUAUUAUUACAAUAUUAAAGUAAUUAACAAUCUCUAAGAGGAACUUAUUUGUAACAAACAAAAAAAAAAUCUUGUUGAAUUCUCCCCUCCCCCCUCCCACUUUAUCUCAUUUUGUGUUUCGUCAUUUACUUUUUGCAAUUUUUUUUUAAUGACUUUUUAUCUCUGAGGAUUUUAUUUUUCAUUCACAAAAUAUAUAUUUUAUUUCCUUUCUACCUUUUUUUUUUUUUAUUUAAAGAGAAAAAUCUAUUUAUUUUACGGCGAAUUAAAAAAAUGCAUUAUUUUUAUAAUUCUGAAAAACUUUAUAAAUCUAAAAAUCAUUUAUCAUGUCCUAAAUUCAUUAUCAGCUUUAUGGUUUUUUUUUUAAUCUAGGACCGGAUAAUUAAAAAUCAAGUGUCAAGCCAUAUCUGUCGGUAACAAUUCCAUAUCUAGUUUAAAAAGAAAGAAAAAAAAGUCAUUUGCUAAUAUGUAAACAAAAUUUUCUUGCUAUUGCAACUGAUUAGUUGUUGGAAAGUUGUUUUUUGUGUCUGUGUGAAUUUUCAACAAAAAUUAUUCAGAAUUUGAAAAUUGUUUAUUGAUGAUUAAUGAGAUAUAUCACCAUUUGUAAGUUGUUAUCUUAACUUCUGUUUAUAUUGGUUUGUUAAUUUCUGGAAGAUCAAAAAUAUAAAAGUUAAAUUUUCAUACUUAUUAUAUAUAUAAUGUGCCCCUUUAAACUUAUUUUUAUUUUUUGUAUAAAAAGGUUUUCUUCCACCCCCUUUUUUUUAUUAGCCAUUUCAUUCUUACACUCAUUCUAAUGAUAUUGAAGUUUAUUUGAAAAUUAAGAUGUAUUUUUACAUUUUUCACUUAUAAAGUCAUUCUAGUGCUCAAAAACUAUUGCUACAUGCAAUUGAAAAUUGUCAGCUGUAAAAAUGAUUGAUUUGGUAUUGUAGUUUUUGUAUUUUACUUUUUUUCUCAUUAUAUGAAAGCUCCAAACAAAAGAGUUUGAAAUGCUAUCAUGUGACCAGCAUCAUCAUAAUCCAAAACACUUUUUAAUGAAUAACAUACUACAAAGAAAUAAAAGAAUUUUUUAAUACAAAAAAUUAGCAUAUAAAACUGGUAAAGUACUAUAUGUUUUAUCAUUUGGUUAUUUCUCAUGCAAAGUUUUGAUAAGAUUUGUAAUAUAGGUCCAAUUCUUUUUAAUGCAAAUGUUUCUGCUGUCAAAAUGAAAAAAAAAUGCAAGUGUCACUUUCUUCAACAUCAGAAUUAUGAAAAUGAUCGACAUUUUUCUUUAUAUUGUUUGAAGAUCUAUGUCAUUUAUAGAAUGAUGUAGAACUUCUAAAAUAAUCUCACAAAUGGUGCUAUGAAAAUUUUUUAGAAUGGGUUAUUCAACAGUAGCAUUUCUCUUCAAAUGAAAUGAGAUGUUUUCCAGAAAUUUUGACUGAACAUCACUCUUAUGAAGAAACACAUCAAGAAACCACUCAAUUGCCUUUGGGAAAAAUAUAGCCUAGUAUGAAAUUUUUGAAUUCUGAUUGUAACUGCUAAACAAAGAAAAAAUAUGCUUGCUUUUUAUUUCUGGUUGUGCCAAAAUUAAUUCUAGUGACCACCAUUUGAACCUGUGAAAUAUAUAUUAUGCUGUUAUAACUGUGAAAAACAGUCCAUUUCAGUCUUGCUUGCUCUCUAUUCAAAAGUUUUAUCUUUAUCAAUGUUCAUAUAAUAGUAAAUAUAUUAAUUGUUUUCUAAUUUCUAUAAUAAGCUAGAAAAAGUAGUUGCAUGAAUUUUUGUAAAUAAGCUCUUGGUAUCACAUGUUCAUAUUUACUAUUAGCUUUAUGGAAAUUUCUAGUCAUGCUCUUGUUAAUUAUAAGGGGUUGAGACAAGUUGAUGAAUGUUUUGAGAAUUUUGUUUUAAAAAUAUGCAGUGUAUUCAAGUCUUAUUUUUUAUAUGUUCUUUGAAUAUUUAUGAAUUAGAAAUAAUAGAUUAAUCUAAUUGUAUCAUCAAACAGAAGUUUUAAUAGAGAAGGAAAAAUAGGGAACUUGACUGAUUCAAGUUUUUCUCUAAUUUCUUGAAUCUCCUAUAAAUUUAAUAUUAAAAAGUCAAAUUCAAAGUCAAAAGUAAAAACUUUGUUUUGUUUUCUUCUUACAAAUGAAUAAUUUUAAUAAAACCUGUAAAAAGUUUUUCAUAAAAAACUAAAUAUAAUGAAUUAUACUGCGUAUUUUGUUAGAAGAUAUAUAUAAUGUGUUGUGUCUUGCUUAUUCAUUAAAACUGGCAUUCAUUUAUGAAAAUUACUUUCUCUUUGAUUAUUUAAAGGAUUAAAUAUUUAAUACAUUGUUUCAUCGUAUUAUACUCGUUUUUAGAUGUAAGGUCUCUAAAUUUUUAUUAUGUAGGUCUUUAAAUAUUUAUAAGUUCUAUUGGUAAUGCUAAAGAUGAGCACAUAAAAAUGGAAUCAUUUUUAUCUCGAUAAAAGAAAUUUAAAUUUGAGUUAAAUAAAAGAUUUUGAAAUUCAUCAAAGAGAAGUUUCCAACCAAACUUAGGACAUGAAUUUUCUUUCAUAAAAUUGCACAAUUUGUUCAGUAAAAUUUUAAUAAUUCAAAAUGUUAAAAAAUAUAAUGUAGCGUAUUUAAAAAACAAUAUAUCUUUUCGACCAUUAACCAUCUGCAUAUUUUUUAGAUAAAAUUCUGAAUAUUAAUGAGAAGGAUAUUGAAAUUGUAAUAUUUUUUAAAGUAUUUGUAAGAUAUCAUAUAAAUAUUUUUUGUUAAUUUGUCAUCCUUAUUUCAAUAUAUAUCUGGUUGUUUUAAGAGAAAAUUUUACAUGUUUAUGUCCAAAAAGGUCAAACUUUUAUUUGACCCUGAAAUGACUGAUACUUAUAUUGUGCAUUGUGUGGCAUGUCAAAGCUUUGAUAUCAUUCCAUUUUACAAAUGAAACUGGAAGAAAAUCUAGUCAGAAUAGUUUCUUUAAGCUGUAAUCCAUUUGAAUAUAAAUCCUUUAUAAAAGGGUUACUCUCCUUGAUGUUUUGCUUUACUAUGUUAAAAAUAUACAUAUUUUAUGAUGUUUGCAAUAUUUUACAGCAGAGAUAUCUGUUUGCAAUAAAAAUGAUAUGUAUAAUGAA